AUGUGGCUCAUAAACGUCGAAACCAGAAAACUUGAGGAAUUCUUUGGUAUAGAUAGAAUUCCUAAAUAUGCCGCUCUUUCGCAUACAUGGGAGGACGGUCAAGAGGUCACUUUUCAAGAGUUCAGGUCAUCUCCAACCCGGGGCCUGAAGAGAGGUUACCGGAAAAUCGAUUUGGCAUGUCGCCAAGCAGCUGAAGACAGAUUCAAGUAUGUUUGGGUCGAUACUUGUUGCAUCGACAAGUCGAGCAGCGCUGAGCUUACUGAGGCAAUCAACUCCAUGUUCAACUGGUACGAGCGCUCAAAACAGUGCUAUGUCUACCUAUGCGAUCUUUCUAUCACUACUGACAAAGUAGAGAAUAUUGAAGGUUGCAAAUGGUUCAAACGUGCUUGGACUCUCCAGGAGUUGAUUUCUCCGAUUGAAAUCAAAUUCUACAACCGAAAUUGGGACCUUUGUUUCAGCAAAUCGAGCGCCCUUACCCAGUUAUCUACCAUUACCGACGUGGAUGCUCGGGCUCUGAACCAUUCUAAACCCCUGAAUACGUUUUCAGUGGCACAGAAGAUGUCUUGGGCAUCAUCCAGAGAGGCUACGCGAAUCGAGGAUAUCGCCUACUGUCUCCUGGGCAUAUUUAACAUCAACAUGCCGUUGUUGUAUGGAGAAGAAGAAAAGGCGUUUCUACGUCUCCAGGAGGAGAUCAUUAAAACUUGUCCAGAUCCUAGCAUUUUUGCCUGGAAAUUGCCUUCGGCUGAAGUUACCACGGACAAUGCAUCAGACCUUCUCCAUGGUGUGCUCGCUCCAUCGCCCGAGUACUUCAGCGAGUGUGGAGGGAUGGACAGACUGCCACAGCAACAGCUUCCACAAUUCUCCAUGACGAACCACGGCAUCAAACUACGUGCACAGUUUGCACCAAUUCAUUUCUCGAAACCUCGUGGCUCAGCAUAUGUCCUCCCGGUUUGUUUCAUUGGCACUCAAUUACAUUCCAUUCGAACCAGAAAUUCAGGUUGGGGGUACUUUGUGCGACAGGAUCCUACGAAUUUAGCUCCGACACCAUCGAAAAAUUCUUCCACCAGGCACAUGUUGGAGCCUUAUCUUUUGACACAGCUACAUACAUCAUCUGGCUUGCAAUCAGUGAACGAUAUCAGAUCACGCCGUCCUCGUUGCUUACAGUUCGACUUGCGUCGAGGCAUGAGAAUAUAUCGUGUCUGGCCGUGGCUACAAUGGGAUGAAGUCGAUAAUGUCUUCUUCUCGGCAGAUGUUGAUGAGACCGGGUGGUCAGCGUUAAAAAUCGUGACUUACCCCAAAAAGGGCGAAGGCAACUUUUCUCAGCAAUCACUUGAUUUUCUUUUUUAUGCCUUCAACUGGUCUGAGUCCCCGGGCUCCAAACCAGAGUGCAUGGUCCGCAAAGUCUCUGGUGGGCUGGCUGAUCGCUCCUUGGAGGACAUGAAUGAUCGUGCUGUUACAGAGGGUUGGGGUCCUUAUACGGUCUACAACCGACUUGAAAUGGCGCAGAUCCCCAAGCAUUCCGUAAUUCUGGGAGAUACCGUGGAUGGGUCUAGCCCACUGUUGACGUUCAGGCUAGAUUGGGUUCAGGACCACCAUGUCAGUGCCUGCCCGUUGUGGAAGGUUACCUUUGACUUGAAUUUUGGCCGCAGUGACUAG